UUGCCAAAACCCCUGUCAGCCAAUCACAAACCCUAGAUUUAUUCUCCUUUUUAGUUCACUAUUUCACCGUUCUCCGCUUUUUUCAUAGCUUGGAUCAUAGAUUCUAAUGGGUUUGUUUUCACACUGAAAUUCACUUUUUUUUUACCCAAAAAAAAAAAAGAACAAUCUUGAUGCCACAGCAAAACCCAGAAACCAAAUUAGUUUAAACUUCGAAGUGAUACUUCAAAUUCUUUUUUUUUUUCUUUUUUUUUUUUGGAGAACAGAUUUUUUUAUUCUUCCGCUUUCUUUGUUGAUUCAUCUGAAGUACUGGGAAAGCCCACAUAACAAAAUCAUACCUCUUCCCCUUAGAAUUAAGAUUGCUAAGUUUUACAGUGAUUGAUUUGAGCACAUUCAAGUGAGAUUCUUUGGUUCCCCAAAAGCUUUUCGUUUUGGGGGCCAAUUCGGAGAACUGGGUUUUACUUUACUAGUCCAGCUCGGUUUGGUGAAUUGAAGAGAGAGAGAGAGAGAGAGAGAGAGAGAGAGUUUGCUAAUAAAGCAGAAAAGAAGCUUGGCGGGGAAUGUGCAGAGAAGUGUUUAGGAGUUUGAAGGAACGACAAUGACUGGUGGGUCAUUGGGUAUUCGCUCUGGAAGUUAUGGUUCAUUGGACAAGCAUGGACAAAACGGUUUGUUGCCAAUCCAAAAUACGACUCGAAGUAAGCCUGGGAAGAUGCUCAAGGAAAAGGAGAAGGAUAAGUUGGUUCACUGGAUCUGCAAGUUCGCUGGUCGGAAGAAGGUUGGAAUGUUGCUUCUCUGCGUAAUUUCAGCCGCCGUCUUUGUCUGGGUCCUCUACGUUGGUAAAGGUGAAGAUGCUCAAGAUGGUGCCCGUGUCCAGAACAUGGGGCUUAAUAGCAGCUCACCGAUAUAUUAUUCUGAAUCUUCACCUUUAAAUGGAGAACCAAGUGGCACCAUGCAUGAUCAGGCACAACUAGGGGAGGCGGUUAUAAGAAGUGAAAAUAUGGUUUUGCCCCCUCCUCCUCCUUCAUAUUUUCUUGGCUACACUCUUCCUCCAGGACAUCCAUGUAAUAGUUUCAGUUUACCUCCCCCGCCGGCUGACAGAAAAAGAACUGGGCCACGACCUUGUCCAGUAUGUUAUCUUCCGGUGGAGGAAGCUGCCGCCUUAAUGCCAGCAGUUCCUUCAUUUUCUCCAGUACUUAAAAAUUUAACAUACAUCUAUGAGGAAACAUUAAACAGAGAAACAGAAUUUGGAGGCUCUGAUUUUGGUGGAUAUCCUACUCUUGAUCAGCGGAGUGAUUCUUAU